GCCUCCUCCUCAGCAGCAAUAGCGCGGCCGCCAUCUUGGCGAGGCAGAAGCCGAGAGGCACCGCGGCAGGACACAAGCAGCGCCAACGCAGCGCAGGGCGAGAGGCCGAGAGGAAAAAGCAGACCGGGCAACUCAAGAGCCACCCGCGGCCCAAACUGGGCCACGCACCCAGCUGUGCGUUACGAGGCAUCUUUGCAUGAGGAGAGGCUUGUUCUAUGGCCUCAGAGUUGGGUGCAAGAGAGGAUGGCAACUGCACAGAGCUGGCAACGCCCCUCUAUUUGCGCUAUUUGGAGAAAGCUCUGCGAUUGGAUAAUUUUUUACGUCAGACGUCCACCAUCUUCAACAAGAGUAUAUCCAGUGAUGAAAGUGAAGAUGGAUUGGACGACAAUACUCUGCUUCCUCAGCCUGGGGGUCCCUUGAUGCAAGUUAAAGAAGAACCUGCAAGCCCCUUGCUUGGGGAAUCUUCUGGAGCAGGAAGUUCUGGAAUGUUAAACACACAUUCACUAAACGGAGUGUUGCAAUCUGAGCCAAGAACAGAAAAAGGGAGCCUAUAUAACUUUUCCAAAUUGAAGAAAAGCAGAAAAUGGUUAAAGAGCAUUCUCCUGAGUGAUGACUCCAGUGAAAGUGAGUCAGCAACUGAUGAGGAUGGAGAAGAGGGGGAGGAAUUUACUCUUUCCAGGGAAGAACUUCACAAUAUGUUGCGAUUGCACAAGUACAAGAAACUGCAUCAAAGUAAAUACAGCAAAGACAAAGAGUUGCAGCAGUACCAGUAUUACAGUGCGGGUUUGCUCUCCACAUAUGAUCCUUACUAUGAGCAGCAGCGUCAUCUCAUAGGACCCAAGAAAAAGAAGAUCAAAGAAGAAAAAAAAUUGAAAGCCAAGUUGAAAAAAGUGAAAAAAAAGAAGAGACGAGAUGAAGAAAUCUCCUCUGAAGAGUCUCCACGACGCCAUCAUCACCAAACCAAAGUUUUUGCCAAGUUCUCUCAUGAUACCCCUCCACCAGGGUCCAAGAAGAAACAUUUAUCCGUUGAACAACUGAAUGCUCGCCGGCGUAAAGUAUGGUUAAGCAUCGCUAAAAAAGAGCUGCCAAAGGCAUAUAAACAAAAAGUCUCUGCCCGGAAUUUGUUCUUGAGCAACAGCAGAAAGCUGGCUCACCAGUGUAUGAGAGAAGUGCGUCGAGCAGCUAUCCAAGCCCAAAAGAACUGCAAGGAAACAUUACCAAGAGCACGCCGCCUUACAAAGGAGAUGCUGCUUUACUGGAAGAAAUAUGAGAAAGUGGAGAAAGAACAUCGCAAAAGAGCAGAGAAGGAAGCACUGGAGCAGCGCAAACUGGAUGAAGAGAUGAGAGAGGCUAAGAGACAGCAGAGAAAACUUAACUUCCUGAUCACACAAACUGAGUUGUAUGCCCACUUCAUGAGCCGCAAGCGAGAUAUAGGACACGAUGGAAUUCAGGAGGAGAUCUUAAGGAAACUUGAAGACAGUUCUGUCCAACGGCAGAUUGAUAUUGGUGGAGGAGUUGUCGUCAAUAUUACCCAGGAGGAUUAUGAUAGUAACUACUAUAAAGUUCAGGCUCUGAAGAAUGCUGAAGAUGCCUUCCGAAUUCAUCAGGCCCAGACCAGGUCAUUUGAUGAGGAUGCUAAAGAGAGUCGGGCAGCAGCACUUCGGGCUGCCAACAAAUCUGGAACUGGCUUUGGAGAGAGCUAUAGCCUUGCCAAUCCAUCUAUUCGGGCAGGAGAAGACAUUCCACAGCCUACCAUUUUCAAUGGUAAACUGAAAGGUUACCAACUGAAAGGCAUGAACUGGCUAGCCAACCUUUAUGAGCAGGGCAUCAAUGGAAUCCUGGCAGAUGAAAUGGGACUGGGUAAAACAGUGCAGAGCAUUGCCUUGUUAGCACAUCUAGCUGAGAGAGAGAAUAUUUGGGGACCCUUUUUAAUUAUUUCACCGGCUUCUACAUUAAACAACUGGCAUCAGGAGUUUGCCAGAUUUGUUCCUAAAUUCAAGGUGCUACCUUACUGGGGAAAUCCCCAUGACCGAAAAGUCAUCAGGAAAUUCUGGAGUCAGAAGACUUUGUAUACUCAGGAUGCUCCUUUCCAUGUGGUGAUCACCAGUUAUCAGCUAGUUGUCCAAGAUGUGAAGUAUUUUCAACGAGUGAAGUGGCAGUAUAUGGUGCUGGAUGAAGCACAGGCACUGAAGAGUAGCUCCAGUGUUCGUUGGAAAAUUUUACUUCAGUUCCAGUGCCGAAAUCGACUAUUACUGACUGGAACUCCCAUCCAAAACACCAUGGCUGAGCUUUGGGCCUUGCUUCAUUUUAUCAUGCCAACACUGUUUGACUCCCAUGAAGAAUUCAAUGAGUGGUUUUCUAAAGAUAUUGAAAGCCAUGCAGAGAAUAAAUCUGCCAUUGAUGAGAAUCAAUUAUCUCGCCUGCAUAUGAUCCUGAAACCUUUUAUGCUGAGGAGAAUCAAGAAGGAUGUGGAAAAUGAGUUAUCAGACAAGAUUGAGAUUCUUAUGUAUUGCCAGCAGACCAGUCGACAAAAAUUACUGUACCAAGCUUUGAAGAACAAGAUUUCUAUUGAUGACCUUUUGCAGUCCUCCAUGGGCACAACCCAGCAAGCUCAGAACACUACUAGUAGCCUCAUGAAUCUAGUCAUGCAGUUCAGGAAGGUCUGUAAUCAUCCAGAACUCUUUGAACGACAAGAAACUUGGUCUCCAUUUCACAUUUCACUAAAGCCAUACCAGAUUCCAAAAUUUCUCUAUCGUCAUGGGCAGAUCAGGGUGUUUAACCACUCGAGGGACAGGUGGUUGCAGUUUUUACUUUCGCCUUUUGCACCGGACCAUAUCCAACAGUCUCUCUUUCACAGGAGAGGGACUGAGGAAGAGAGUUGUUUCUCUUUCCUACGGUUUAUUGAUGUUUCUCCAGCAGAGAUGGCAAAUCUCAUGCAUAAGGGACAUCUAGCCCGAUGGUUAGCUCUUUUCCUGUCUCUGAAAGCCACAUACAGGCUCCACCACUUUCGCUUCUGGAAAGAGCUAAAAGAAGAUGACCAGCAUAAGUCUCAGUGUCUGAAGAACAAAGAUUUCUUGCUGGAUAUCAAUUUUCCACUCUCCCCUCCCAUCUUGCACAGCUGCACUUUGCUGCAGAACCUUGUGUUCACAAGCCACUGUAAAGCAGUGAUUGGCUAUUCUGACUACAUCAUCCACCAACGUUCAGCUACCUCAUGGAAACAAUGUUGUCAAAUAACAGAGCUGCCGUCCUUCCUGUCUGUAGUGAGCCCAAGGGUAACAGCAGUGCCACUGGAUUUCUACUGCAAUGAUCGGAGUGCAGAGUAUGAGCGUAAGGCACUUAAAGAAGGAGGAAACCUUGAAGCAAAGCAAUGCAUAAUGCAUGGAGCACCUGAACUAGCAGCUGGCUGGCUAAAACGGUGUUCUCAGUUAUUCCCUGAUUAUCCAGGAGGACUGCUGGGAGUCAGGCCUCAAAAUGGCUGGUCUUUCAUCAGGAUACCAGAUAAAGAAAGCCUGAUCACAGACAGUGGAAAGCUUUAUGCCCUUGACAUUCUAUUGACAAGAUUGAAAUCUCAAGGACACAGAGUUCUUAUCUAUUCUCAGAUGACACGGAUGAUUGACUUGUUGGAGGAAUACAUGGUUUACAGAAAACAUACAUAUAUGCGGCUAGAUGGUUCUUCAAAAAUCUCAGAAAGAAGAGAUAUGGUAGCUGACUUUCAGAACAGGAAUGAUAUCUUUGUCUUCUUGUUAAGCACAAGAGCUGGUGGUUUAGGCAUUAACCUUACAGCUGCUGAUACAGUAAUUUUCUAUGACAGUGACUGGAAUCCCACAGUCGAUCAGCAGGCCAUGGAUCGAGCUCACAGGCUGGGUCAGACCAAACAAGUCACUGUAUACCGACUGAUCUGUAAAGGCACCAUUGAGGAACGCAUCUUGCAGAGGGCCAAGGAGAAAAGUGAGAUUCAAAGGAUGGUGAUCUCAGGUGGUAAUUUCAAACCAGACACAUUGAAACCCAAGGAGGUGGUUAGUCUGCUUCUGGAUGAUGAAGAACUUGAGAAAAAAUUGCGUCAGCGUCAGGAGGAGAAACGGCAGCAGGAAGAGACUAAUCGUGUGAAAGAACGUAAAAGAAAAAGGGAAAAGUAUGCCGAAAAGAAGAAGAAGGAGGAUGAGUUAGAUGGGAGGAAAAGGAAAGAAGGCAUGAAUCUGGUGAUCCCGUUUGUUCCAUCUGCAGAUAAUUCUAACCUCUCGGCUGAUGGGGACGAGUCAUUUGUUAGUGUAGACUCUGCCAUGCCUAGUCCUUUCAGUGAGAUUUCCAUUAACAGUGAGUUGCACAUGGGAUCCAUCCCACCUGAUGAGAGCAGUAAUGACAUGCUAGUGAUUGUAGAUGAUCCAGCAUCUUCUGCACCACAGUCAAGAGCUACUAACUCUCCUGCUUCUAUCACUGGCUCAGUCUCUGACAACAUGAAUGGAAUUUCAGUACAGGAUAUGCCUGUCACAGGGAGAGGUCAUUCAGGUAGAAGCCGCGGUCGCCCCAAAGGAUCAAACAGUGGAUCAAAAAACACAGGAAAAGGCCGGAGCCGGAAAUCAACAGCAGGAAGUGCAGCUGCCAUGGCAGGAGCCAAAGCGGGAGCAGCAGCCGCCUCUGCAGCCGCCUAUGCAGCCUAUGGGUACAAUGUGUCUAAAGGUAUGUCUUCGAGCAGCCCUCUUCAGACUCCACUCAUCCGACCUGCUGGACUUGCAGACUUUGGACCAUCAAGCACCUCUUCUCCUAUGAGCAAAGGAAAUAGUGUUUGUGGAUCUUCCAAAACCUUAAAACUAACAAGUUCCUUGGCACCAGAAACCCUAAUCCGAAAACAAUAUAAAGGAGCCCACACCUCAGGUGGGCGGUAGUAAUUUUGAAUCUCUGGAACCUAUGUGUUGUUCAUAUUGGUUUUCUAAGCAGCCCACGCCUACCAGCAAAAGGGUAUACAGAUGCCUUGUUUCCAUCCCAUAUGUGGGUGUGAAGAAAAGAUUACUGCACUACUGGGGCAAGAGGUGUUCUGUGUGCACUUUCUCGUGUAGCCCAGAGUUAUUACCUUUGCAGAUUUGUGAGGAAGAGGGACAGAGACUUCGGGAUGCUUGAGCUUAAUAUUUCCAUUAAGUUUUUUCUGGCAUCCUACAAAUCAUGCACGGAAAAGAUCCGGCUUCCAUGUAAGAAUGGCUGCACGAGCUCCCCUUUUGUUCGUAUUCACACCAGCACCCUCUCCCCUCGUCUUUCAGGUUUCAUGUGGAAUUCAGCUCCAUGCUUAUAAUAAGGAGAUCAACAUCUAAACUUUGGGGGAUGCUCUGCAGAUUCAGAGGAGCCUUUGGGUUAAGGGGCCUUUUCAAGGAGCUGUGGAAAAAACUUAAUGGUUCUAAAUGUGUAUGAAUGGUGAGAUACCAUGAAGAACAGAUUUCAGGGGAAAGGAGAGAGAAAUUUUGCACUGUGUCCUAGAAGGGAUCUUUUGUCAGUAUCGUGCUUCUGAACUACUAAGGUACUGUUCGGUUGGUCAAACAACACUAGGACAGAUUAGAGCUUUUCAGAAUGACACUGCUGUCUCUGUAUCACUGAGUGGGAAGAAGCUUUAACAUCACAAUGCCAAGGUUCAGUUGCAUUUACUUUCAUAGCAUUGGGCUUUAAAUACUUUUUUUUGCAUUUGGCUUAUGUGGGAAUCUUUAAAACUUUAGAGUAAAAAGCCAUUUUGUGUGAGAUUUUUUACAAGAAGGAAUCUGAAACGGGGAAAUGUCAUUGCUUUUCUUCUCAUCGUGCCAUAGAAGUGCUUUCUGAUAAUGUUUUCAGUACCACUGUUCACCAUGCUACGAAAGACGAGCAGUGGGAACGUGCUGUUCCCUGCUUCUAUACAGUCUGUAGCUAAAGCAGUGUCUUUCAUUCCAAGCCAUUCACUUGCUGUGUUCUUUCCUUUAGCACGUCAUGGUUUUCAACAGUGUCCAUGCACAGCAGGUUAAGAUUGCUCCACUGUGAUGGUCCGGCACGGUAGCAAACACCUGUGCGGCUAGUGGAAAUCGUUAGCGAGCAGCAAAGCAAGUAGUGCAUCUCUUUGUUCUGGUGCUCUGUUCUAAAUGCACAAGGACCCUCUGCUUCGGCAUGAGGUAGACACACAUGCCCACACACACACAAACUCUGUCUGCAUUGCACUGAGAUGAAGGAGGGAGGCAGUUCUCCUGCCUUCACAAUGACAUUAAGUGGGAUUUUCUUUCUGGGCAUUUUCACCUUUCAAGGGAGAUCCAGGUUAUGAGGUGAAGAUCUUCGCUAAGGCGGCAAAGGAUUUUUCAGUCUCGCGCACCUUGCCUGGCAUCCCACAGUGUAGAGCAAGUGCUUCCUGUUGACUCUGCCUCUGAUUUGCACACCUGAAAAUAGCAGAAAUGGGUUCGGUUAGAUUGAUUUUUUAAAAACAGAUUUGGAGGGAAUAAUUGGGUGGGGAAGGGGAUAUUUAAGUUAAAUCAUGAAGAUUUUACCCUGCCUCCCUCAGAUUCACAUGUGUAUAUACAGUGUUUAGAGGGAAUGAGAAAAAUGCCAAGCCUUUUUUCCUCUUUGAAUGUGCUGUCUAUUUUUAUAACUGAACUUGUACAUAUGUAUAAAAAGAGACACAUCUUUCUUUUACUAACUGGAGAAAAGAAUCUUAAAUAAAAUGGAGUGAGAUAAUUUUAUGUAAA